CUUCUACAGCCCCUACCAGAUUAUGCAGAACUCUGAAUAUGAGACUAAAGGACCCGGCUUGAUCUGAAAUAAAUUGGGGAUAAAAAUACAGCACAAAUCAUUGUAAGUUGGUCACUGCAUCCAGAGAGGCCCAGUAAGGGGAGGAGGCAUUGCCUCCACUGCAGCAGCUGUACCCACCAUGCAGAGCAUCAAGUGUGUGGUGGUGGGUGAUGGAGCUGUGGGCAAGACGUGCCUGCUGAUCUGCUACACGACUAAUGCCUUCCCCAAGGAAUACAUUCCCACAGUGUUCGACAAUUACAGUGCGCAGAGUGCAGUUGAUGGGCGCACAGUGAACCUGAACCUGUGGGACACAGCGGGCCAGGAGGAGUACGACCGCCUCCGCACACUCUCCUACCCUCAGACCAACGUCUUUGUCAUCUGUUUCUCCAUUGCCAGUCCACCCUCGUAUGAGAAUGUGCGGCACAAGUGGCACCCAGAAGUGUGCCACCACUGCCCUGACGUGCCCAUCCUCCUGGUGGGUACCAAGAAGGACCUGAGAGCCCAGCCUGACACCCUACGACGUCUCAAGGAGCAGGGCCAGGCACCCAUCACACCGCAGCAGGGCCAGGCACUGGCCAAGCAGAUCCAUGCUGUGCGCUACCUCGAGUGCUCAGCCCUGCAGCAGGACGGCGUCAAGGAAGUGUUUGCCGAAGCUGUCCGGGCGGUGCUCAACCCUACUCCCAUCAAGCGUGGGCGGUCCUGUGUCCUCUUGUGACCCUGGCACUCAGCUUGGAGGCUGCCCCUGCCCCCCCCACCAGUUGUGCCUUGGCGCCUUGUAUGCCCCCAGCUGUGCCUUAAGGACUAAUUUUGGCACCCCUUGCCAGGGGGCUCUCUGAAUGCCUUUUUCUCCAUCAUGGAGGCCCACAGAAAAAGGGGUUUCAGGCCCUGCCGCACUCUGCUUGAGAACGCCUGGUAUUCUUGGGAGCUUACCCAAGCCAAGCUUGGAUCCCUCCCCAAGAAGCCAACCCAGUGCUUCCUCUCCAUUUUCCCUUACUGACCGUUUGACCCAGCUCUCCACACAGGUGUUGCUGACUAUUAUGGUGCCUUCUGCCAGGUUAGGAGCUCUCUGCCAUCCCUAACUUUUCCUUCUGUCCCUUGCUGCUCUUUGAAUUGCCCCCAACCCAUCCCAAGAUGCUGUCUCCCUUCCCAGAGAAGCAACAGAUCCCUGAGAAGAUGAAUGUGUCCUAACCUGCCCCCAUGUCUAGGCCUCAUGCAUCUGCUGAUUGAUUCAUCCCCUCCCCACCCCCAGGCUCCUGGGGGCCUUUCCUACCCCCAUCAGCAUCAAUAAAACCUCCUGUCUCCACUG